UUUUUUACUAAAAUAAACAUUUUAAGAAUCUAAUUAACUUUAUAGUUAUAUUAAACUCAUGUACAAUUUAUAUUAAAUUUGUGAUAUUAAUUUAACAUAAUAUAUUUCAAUUAAAUCUUUCAUCUCUAACAGUUAAGAUUUGUUAAUUUAGAAUUUUUCACCACGCUGUUGAAAAAAUGAUAUCAAGAUGAAUGAUCGGUCUACAAAUGCUAUUUUGAAAGUGCAUUCAGUUUCUGUUGUUAAAUAUAGUUACCGGUUUAGUUUUAUUUUUCAAUAAUAUAAGUAUAUGAAUGCUUUGUUUACAAAAAUAUAACCAAACUUAUUUUUAUAUAGACCAUAUUCAUAUACUAUUCAUUAAUUUAAUUGUUAUUGUUUCUUUUAUCUUGUGUAAUUUGAAUGUGCAAUAGAUAUUGUACCAAUUUAUGUCAUUUGCAUAAAUAACAGAUGAUUGAUUGAAAAAAAAUAUUUCAUGUGUAUAUUUUUAUUUUCAGUGUGGUUAUUGUCAAAUGUAGUUGUAGGUUUAAGUGUUAAUUAUAUACCAUGAUGUAUGAUAGAUGAAGAAUUGUAAAUACAAGUUUAACAUUGAAAGAUUCAUUGUAAAUAAUCCAAGAGUUCUAGGCUAGAAAAGUCUAAAUCACCAAUAGACAACAUAAGAAACCUCAAAAACAUAGAUAAUAAAGAGAAAAUUCAGGUUUAAAAUGACAAAAACAAACACAAUGCAUUACAAUUUCCAUUCUAAUAAUUUAAAUGAAGGAAAUUUUAUAAUUACAUUUAAUAUAGAUUAUUCAGUCAUAGAUUUAAUUCAUACAAAUAAUUCGAUUAACAUAUAUGUAUGACCUAAACCUAAAAUACAAGUAUAAUCGUAAGGAAAUUAAUAUCUAAGUUAAUAUUAAAUCGAACAGAAUUUAUCGUAAAUAUCACAUAAUGUAAAGUUUUUGUUAAUGUUCAUGUGUUUAAUACGAGAUAUAUCGCUAAUAAUUUGAAAUAAUAAAUUAAAUUACUGCAUGUAAACAAUAAAAUUGUUUUGCUUGAAAAUAUUAUAUUAAACUAUUAGUAAUAUGAUAAUGUAAAAAAAAUAUUUAUGUAUAAAAUAAAAAUAAUCACCCGCACGGUUGUGUGAGACAAGAUCUAGUUAUUCUUAAAUUCUGAUUUUUAUUUUGGUUUGGUUUUACAGGAAAGUGAAUUGGUAUUCAUUUGUACCAAACAAACUUUUAUAUAAACCGAUUGGGAUUUUCAAAUUUUGAAAGUAGAAAUAGACAAAACCAAACUAAUAAUUUGAGAGGGUAUAGAGUAUUAAGUGAACUGAAAAGAUGAAACAUAGAGUAAGAAAAUGGAUUUUGAGAAAAAUGAAGAAAUAUGAAAAUAAUGUUAAAGUGAAAGAAACUGAGUAAAAUAUUCAAAAAAAAAAAAAAUUGAGUGUGAAAGGUAGAGAAAACGAAUAUUAAUUAAAAGGUUAAAUAAUAAAACAUAGUAAUUUAGGGUGUAUGCACAAACACCAAACCUGUAAGAAAGUAUUUGCCAAAAGUCAGUUUGAUUAAUGUUACCUUGGCUAAAACUAGUGAAAGCCAAGUAUGUGCUGACUGCUAAGUGGAAUAAUUGCAGUGUAUAUAACUUUAUGUAAGUUAGUCUUUGUGAAUAAUUGAUCCAUAAUGCGAAUGUACAAUCAUUCAAUUGAUUGUCUCACGAGCGAGGGCGCUAAAAUAAAUGUGAAUUCAGUAAAUUUCAAAUAAUAUUUUCUUCCCUUCUUAUAUAUGUCUACUCGAAAACAUGGUAUGGUCGGACCAUUCCUAACCCAUAUUAUACAUGUAAAAUAAAUACAAAAGAACGUACAUGUCCGUGUUUGUGUGCCUUACAUAAUUGCGUGGACCAAAAUAACAAAUAAUUAUACCGAUCUCGUGAUUAAUGAAAAACUUUACCCCUUUGCAUAUAUGCAACCUUUAUCUCUCUAAUAUAAAGUAUACGAUCAAAUUGUACCCUAUAUAUAUGUAUAUUUAUAUCUAAAACAUAAAUGACACACACCAAAAAACCUAGAUUCUCCCCAAACUUCAUCCAACGGCACAAACCGCAUAAAUAAAUAAUAGCCCUAUCAAAGUAUAAUAAUAAAUAUUGAAACUGGAUAGCUAUGGUUUAGUCCUCGAUGAAUGCGAAUCCCUGAUAUUUACUCCUUUUAGCAUACACUCUUUCUAUUUCUCUCUCUCUCAACUUGAUAUGUCUCUCUGCGUCUCUUUCUUUCUCUAAAUCUUACUUUUACUUUACCUUUUUGUAUACAACCAUAUGACAAAACAACAAACGAGGAAGAGAUAGAUAGAGGGAGCGAUAUUUCUAGUCACGAUGCAGGAGACAAUACUGGAUUUUCUUGAAGAAUGUGAAUUCGUGGACACUUCACUAGCCGGAGAUGAUCUGUUUGCUAUCUUAGAGAGUCUUGAAGGCGCCGGAGAGAUAUCUCCCACGGCUGCAUCUACACCUAAAGAUGGAACCACAAGUUCCAAAGAGUUAGUAAAGAAUCAAAACUAUGAAGCUUCAUCUGCUAAAAAGAAGAGGAAAAGACUAGAAACUGGGAAAGAAGAAGAAGACGACGACGAUGGAGAAGGAGAGGAAGAAGAAGAAGAAGAUAAUAAGCAAGAUGGGCAACAAAAGAUGUCUCAUGUAAACGUGGAACGUAAUAGGAGAAAGCAAAUGAACGAGCAUUUGACCGUUUUACGUUCUCUUAUGCCUUGUUUCUACGUCAAGCGGGGGGACCAAGCAUCGAUUAUAGGUGGAGUUGUGGAAUACAUUAGCGAGCUACAGCAAGUUCUUCAAUCUUUAGAAGCCAAGAAAGAACGUAAGACCUACGCGGAAGUCCUAAGCCCGAGACUAGUCCCAAGCCCUCGUCCUUCACCGCCUGUUCUAAGCCCGCGAAAACCGCCUAUUAGCCCUCGUAUCAGCCACCAACAUCUCCUUCUCCAUCCCAUAAGCCCUCGAACCCCUCUGCCCACAAGCCCAUACGGGGGCCAUCCUCCGCAACUACCACUCAUCCCACAACCUCCUCGUUCUUACAGCUUAGGGGACCCACCUCCAUACUCCCCAGCUUCAUCUUCUUCUUCUCCUUCAGUCAGUAGUAACCAUGAGAGUAGUUUGAUAAAUGAGCUUGUUGCAAACUCAAAGUCAGCUUUGGCUGACGUGGAAGUGAAGUUCUCAGGAGCUAAUGUGCUGCUCAAAACGGUGUCGCAUAAGAUCCCAGGACAGGUUAUGAAGAUAAUCGCUGCUCUUGAGGAUUUGUCUCUCGAGAUUCUUCAGGUUAACAUUAACACCGUCGAAGAAACCAUGCUUUACUCUUUCACCAUCAAGAUUGGAAUUGAGUGCCAACUAAGUGCAGAAGAAUUGGCUCAACAAAUUCAGCAAACAUUCUGCUAAUAAAAGAAGGAUUAGAUACAUCUUCAAAUAAACUCUAACGAGAGAUCAGUACGUACUCACUUUCUCUCCUCACCAUCCUUUUAAUUAUCUCCAAAUCUUUCUACAAAUAUAUGGAUUCAUUUUGAAUAGUAUUGUUAUUUAAAGUUUGAACAAAUAGUAUUAAGUAUAACCAAUAUAAAUGAGGUUAAACAAGUUAUCAGCUUAAUAUUUAACACCUUCAUCACAUGUUUAUCUCUCUGUAAGCUUAGAGUUAGGUGACAGUACUCCUACCAUGUAACUUUAUGCUUUAUUAUAUCGAGCAUUGUAGCUGUAAUUGCUUGUGAAUGAACAACAGUGUAUGAGUUUCUCGUGGAUUUUCCUUGAUGUUUUUCUUCUUCGUUAGU